UCACCAUAUUAACAUGGCCACAGCUCAAAGCCCACUACUCGGGAGCCAUUCUUGUCAACCGUCUCUGGAAGAUGGGCAGCCGAGAAGCCACCAGGAGCGACGGACUUGCCUCCAAUCCCUAACAUCGAAGCUGCUCGCGGUAUACUGGGCUUUCUUGGUUAUGGGAGCAAAUGAUGCCGCAUAUGGGCCUCUGCUUCCCUACUUCGAGUCGUAUUACGACAUUUCCUACACAGCCGUUUCGGUUCUUUUCCUUUCCCCUGUGUGUGGUUAUAUGUUUGCCGCCAUACUGAACAACGAGAUUCACGUACGGCUAGGCCGGCGUGGAAUCGCUUGUAUUCAGUCAUUAUGCCAUUUGUUCACUUUUGCGGUUGUCUCAUUUCAUCCACCUUACCCUAUCCUCGUGGCAACGCUUGCGAUCGGAGGAGUAGGAAACGGAGUAGCAGACUCUGGAUGGAACGCUUGGAUAGGCGCCAUGAGCAGCUCCAAUGAACUUCUCGGUAUAUUGCAUGGCCUAUAUGGCGUUGGAGCAAUGGUUAGCCCAUUAAUUGCGACACUGCUCUUGAGCAAAGCCAAUCUUCCAUGGUUUCGAUUUUACCAUAUUUUGGCCGCUUGUGCUGCUAUCGAAGUCGUUACCUGCGUGAUCGCCUUUUGGGAUUCUGGACCGGAUGAUCACCAAACCAUUGAGAAUGCCGAAGAAAGCCAGCGUGGUGGCUUGCGACGUGCAUUGUUCCAGAGACCCUAUGCGUGGGUGACCUGGACGUGUGCCUCUUAUAUCCUUGUUUAUAUGGGAGUUGAAGUCACCAUAGGUGGUUGGACUGUUACAUAUAUGCUGAGGGUACGUCAUGCAGAUCUAUUUGCGAGUGACAUGGCAGCCACAGGGUUCUGGCUGGGCCUUACUUGCGGUCGAUUCAUUCUUGGUUUUGUCACAUCAAGACUAGGACAGGCAUUGGCUAUUACGGUAAGAUACAUUCAGCCCUUGUUGCUCUUCCAAAUGUUCUUCUUCCUCCUUAUUCAUAUUAUCGGGAGAGAGAGAGUAAUCGCGGCUUUGAAUAGCCUUCUCGAAGCCCUUUUAACCGGAAACAAACCUAACCGUGACGAUAGGUCUACUCUUUGGCUGUGAUCAUCUUUGGUUGUGCAUUCUGUUUCCUGCCAAAUUUCUACGCCGCUGCAGUCGCGGUGUCACUACAAGGCUUUUUUCUGGGGCCCCUUUUCCCAUCUCUCAUAGUGGUCGUCACUAGAAUCCUCCCACGGGAAAUGCAUGUGAGUUCCAUUGGCUUCGCAUCCGCUGUUGGCGGAGCCGGAGCUGCCGUGCUGCCAUUUACAGUAGGGGCUAUGGCACAGGCUAAAGGAGUUGGAGUCAUGCCGCCAAUCGUUAUCGGACUCUCAAGUAUCUUAUUUGUAUUGUGGUUAUGUCUCGCACGUAUAUUGAGAGAUAUAGAGAAAGACUAGACGGGCUUAUGAUCGGAAGAGGGUAUUCCAUUUAUCAACCGGAACAUCGACAUGAUGUUAGAUGAUUGGGACUUAGACGUGUACUUGAUAGCCUAGAAGAUAUCAAUGUGCCAGAUAGCACUUCUCCGCACUAUCUUUCACUUAGGGAUAGGAAAGAAUAAGCUACUACUAGUAUGAG